CGCCGUUCGCCUGAUGCUGAAGAGUGAAAUAACGCUGUUCUUUCGUUUCUCAACGGUGAAUUCCGAUCGGUUUUUUCUUUUCUGAUAUAUAUAUGUUAAUGGAAACGAUAGGAACCAUGAAUCCGUGCACGAAAUAAGCACUUUAUUGUUAUGAGAAUAUUAGGUAAUUUGGACUGUAAACAAUUACAACUUUGUAGACUGUUCAUACGUGUGACUGCGAGGGAUUUGACGUUGUAUUAUUGUGGGCAACGAGAUGGAGUCACGCUUACCAAAGCCAAAAAUUCAAUUAGCAAAUUCAAUUAAUCAUACAACCAGUAUUAACCUAAAUAUGAAUAAUCAGAAAGUAACAAAAAACCAAAGGACUGUGCCUUCAAGUUCGAAUGGUAUUUCUGAAACUCUGAAAAAGGCCAAGAGUACAUUGAACAUUAAUUCUAAAAGUACAAUUGAGAAUAAGCCGCCACCUAAACAAAAUCUUACUAGAGCAAAGACUAUGUCAUCUAUUACUACUAGAGCAAUAAAGAGGCCAGCUACUGGUACUGUAAUGCAUACAGAAGCUAAAAAACUAUUCACCCGGCCUAAUAUUACCCGACCAACAACUAUGCAAAAAACUAAUGCUGCAUUAACAAGUAAUAUAACCACUAGAAGUACACAAAAUGCAACAGCUACGAAGCCACAGAAUGCAACUGUAGCUAAGUUUCCUAAAUGGGACUUAAAAAAGCGUCUGGCCCACACAAGUGAAGAGUUGUCUAAUUUAAGACAAAAGUAUAAAGAAAUUACAUCAAAGUUCAAUACUCUUCAAGAUCAAUUGAACUCUCUUGAAACAAAUACCAAUACAUAUAAGGUGAAGGCAGUAGAAUAUGAGAAUCUGAACAAGGUAUUAGAUACUGAACUAAAAGAGCUAAAGAUAAAUAUGUGUAGUAUACAAGAGGAAAAAGAAGACUUGACUAAACGUCUAAAAGAAUCAGAGGAAUCGUUUAAAAAUGUUUCAAAUUCAUUGAAGGAAUUUAAAGAAAAAUGUACUUCACAGGAAGAAUUAAUAUUAAAACAAACGUCCGCGAUAAGAGAUUUACAGACAAGCCUAGAGGAUGAGAAGUUGAUUAAUGAGGAACUGACCUCAGUAAAACAUGAUUUACAAUCUUUAAUCCAUACUAUGGAUAAAGAUCGUAGAACUCUACACAAUGCUAUACAAGAACUUAAGGGAAAUAUCAGAGUAUUUUGCAGGGUGAGACCUAGAACUCCCACUGAACUUGGGAAAGUGAUGUGUACCAUGAACUUUAUCGAUGAAUCCACCAUCGAGGUUAGCAAGUAUGAUGGAUCUGAUUCAGUCAGUUGCAGUGGAAAACAGAGAGGAACACGACAGGAAUUCUCCUUUGAUAAAGUUUUUCCACCAACGGCUAAACAGGAAGAUAUUUUUGAAGAGUUAGCUCUUCUAGUACAGUCUGCCUUAGAAGGGUAUAACGUUUGUGUGUUUGCAUAUGGCCAGACUGGUUCUGGUAAAACAUAUACCAUGGAAGGUUUGCCAGGCUUUGACACAGAGGGCAUGAUACCUAGAACGGUACGGCAUAUAUUUCAAGAGAUGAAACAAUUCCAAUUACUUGGCUGGGAAUACAAAAUAGAAGCCAGUUUCCUCGAGAUUUAUAAUGAGCACAUUGUUGAUUUAUUAGACUCUCAACCAAAGACACACGAGAUCCGAAUGGCUGAUAGUAAGGGACAUGAUUUGUACGUUAGCAACCUCAAGAUCGAGGAAAUACAUAGUCCUGAAGAAUUGCACAAAUGUCUUUUAACUGCUCAACGUAACAGGGCAGUUGCGGCAACUCAAUCGAACGAGCGAUCGUCGAGAUCGCAUUCAGUGGCAAGAAUAAAACUUAUCGGAACACAUAAGACGAAAGAAGAGAUUUCAAUCGGAAACCUAAAUCUAGUCGACUUAGCGGGUUCUGAACGAUUAAAAGGCGAAGAGUCAGUUCGACUGGCUGAAACGAAAAACAUUAAUAAAUCGUUAGCUAAUCUAGGUAAUGUUAUUCUUGCUCUUUUGAAAAAGCAAGAACAUGUGCCUUACAGAAAUUCAAAACUCACUCAUUUACUAAUGCCAUCUUUGGGUGGAAAUUCGAAGACUUUAAUGUUGUUAAAUGUAUCGCCUUUAGACGAGUGUUAUAACGAAACGUUAAACUCGUUGAGAUUCGCUAGCAAUGUAAACAACUGCAAAACGGGCAACGUGAAGCGAACACGAACCGUUUUACAAAAUUCUUCAUAAAGUCUUAUCGUACGAAAUUGUAUUGCCAUACUUUCCUAACUCGAUUAGAU